AUGAAGUACGACGUCAUCGGCCUGGCCGAGAUAAGGCGUCGCUACUCAUUCAACGCCGUCUAUGACACGGCAGCAGAACUGUUUCGCGGAACAUGCCACAGUAGAAGAGUCGAUGGCGUCGGAGUUCGCGUUAACACGAAUUUGUUUAUGAACAUGGAUUCAUUCGCACAACUUACAACACGAAUUAGGUUUUUUCGAUUGAAGAGAUGUGGAACAAUAGCCGCUUUGACAAUCUUCGUCGUUUGCGAGCCGAUAUCAAACUACGUCGUAGAAGAAGUCGAAGCGUUCUAA